GGCAGACAGAGAAGCCGGAAACAGCAGGCCGGGGCAGCCAGGGUUUACAGCGAAGAGGAAGGCUGGGAGACGAGUGCGUGCGUGCCUGUGUGUGUGUGUGUGUGUGUGUGUGUGUGUGUUCGCGCGCGCGCGUGUGUGUAUGUGUGUGUGUCUGUACACACUGAGUUUUUAGGGCCAGCCCAGAACCCGCUGGACAGACCUACAGACCCAUGGGGCUUGGUAGUGCCCUCUGAGAGAGGGAGAAGAUAGCAGCGGGGCUACCGAGGCACCCUGCAUAUCCCAGAUCAUGUCUCUGUGGAGUCUAAUUUCCAAGAUGUCCCCAGAAAAACUGCAACGGCUCUAUGUUGACUUUCCCCAACAGCUGCGGCAUCUCCUGGCUGACUGGCUGGAGAGCCAGCCCUGGGAGUUCCUGGUUGGUUCCGAUGCUUUCUGUUAUAAUAUGGCUGGUACCCUACUUUCUGCCACCGUCCAGCGUCUUCAGGCCUCUGCAGGCGAGCAGGGGAAAGGAAACAGCAUCUUGCUACACAUCAGCACCUUGGAGAGCAUCUAUCAGAGGGACCCCCUGAAGCUGGUGGCCACCAUCAGACAAAUACUUCAAGGGGAGAAAAAGGCUGUUAUAGAAGAGUUCCGCCACCUGCCAGGGCCCUUCCAUCGGAAGCAGGAAGAACUCAAGUUUACUACAGCCCUUGGAAGGCUUCAGCACCAAGUAAGGGAGACCCGGCUUCUCCGAGAAUCUCUGCAGCAAGGGACCAAGACUGGACAAGUGUCUCUGCAGAACUUGAUAGACCCUCCUGCCAAUGGUGCUGGUCCAAGUGAGGACCUGGCCACGAUGCUGCAGGGGACUGUGGGGGACUUGGAGGCCACCCAGGCCCUGGUACUGAAAAGGAUUCAGAUUUGGAAGCGGCAGCAGCAGCUGGCAGGGAAUGGCACACCCUUUGAGGAGAGCCUAGCAGGGCUGCAGGAGAGGUGUGAAAGCCUGGUGGAAAUUUAUUCCCAGCUGCAGCAGGAGAUUGGGGCAGCCAGUGGAGAGCUUGAGCCCAAGAUCCGGGCAUCACUGAUAAGCCGUCUGGAUGAAGUCCUGCGAACCCUUGUGACCAGCUCUUUCCUAGUGGAGAAGCAGCCCCCCCAGGUUCUGAAGACACAGACUAAGUUCCAGGCUGGGGUUCGAUUCCUGCUGGGUCUGCAGUUCCUAGGGGCCUCAGCCAAGCCUCCACUGGUCAGAGCUGACAUGGUGACAGAGAAACAGGCCAGAGAAUUAAGCCUGGCCCAGGGACCUGGGGCUGGAGUGGAGAGCACAGGAGAGAUCAUGAACAAUACCGUGCCUCUGGAGAAUAGUGUCCCUGGGAACUGCUGUUCCGCCCUGUUCAAGAACCUGCUCCUGAAGAAAAUCAAGCGCUGUGAGCGGAAGGGCACAGAGUCUGUCACCGAAGAGAAAUGUGCUGUGCUGUUCUCUACAAGCUUCACGCUGGGCCCCAACAAACUCCUCAUCCAUCUUCAGGCCCUGUCUCUGCCCUUGGUGGUCAUCGUCCAUGGCAACCAAGACAACAAUGCCAAAGCCACCAUCCUGUGGGACAAUGCCUUCUCUGAGAUGGACCGAGUGCCCUUUGUGGUAGCUGAGCGAGUGCCCUGGGAGAAAAUGUGUGAAACUCUGAACCUCAAGUUUAUGGCUGAGGUGGGGACCAGCCGGGGACUGCUACCAGAACACUUCCUGUUCCUGGCCCAGAAGAUCUUCAAUGACAACAGCCUCAGCAUGGAGGCUUUUCAGCACCGAUGUGUGUCCUGGUCACAGUUCAACAAGGAGAUCUUGUUGGGCCGAGGCUUCACUUUUUGGCAGUGGUUUGAUGGUGUCCUGGACCUUACUAAACGCUGUCUCCGGAGCUACUGGUCAGAUCGGCUCAUCAUCGGCUUUAUUAGUAAGCAAUAUGUCACAAGCCUUCUCCUCAACGAGCCAGAUGGAACCUUCCUCCUCCGCUUUAGCGACUCCGAGAUUGGGGGCAUCACCAUUGCCCAUGUCAUCCGGGGUCAGGAUGGCUCCUCACAGAUAGAGAACAUCCAGCCAUUUUCUGCCAAAGACCUGUCCAUUCGCUCACUGGGGGACCGAAUCCGGGAUCUUGCUCAGUUAAAAAACCUCUACCCCAAGAAACCCAAGGAUGAGGCUUUCCGGAGCCACUAUAAGCCUGAACAGAUGGGGAAGGACGGGAGGGGUUACGUCUCUACUACUAUCAAGAUGACUGUGGAAAGGGACCAGCCCCUUCCUACUCCAGAGCCUCAGAUGCCUGCCAUGGUGCCCCCUUAUGAUCUUGGAAUGGCCCCUGAUGCAUCCAUGCAGCUCAGCUCAGAUAUGGUGUAUCCUCCACAGUCCAUCCACUCAUUUCAGAGCCUCCCCUUAGAAGAUUCCAUGAGUGUACUGCCAUCCUUUCAGGAGCCUCACCUGCAAAUGCCCCCCAACAUGAGCCAGAUAAACAUGCCCUUUGACCAGCCUCACCCCCAGGGCCUGCUGCAGUGCCAGUCCCAGGAGCAUGCUGUGUCCAGCCCUGAACCCUUGCUUUGCUCAGAUGUGACCAUGGCAGAGGACAGCUGCCUAACCCAGCCUGUGGGAGGUUUCCCCCAAGGCACCUGGGUCACUGAAGACAUGUACCCUCCCCUGAUGCCUCCCACUGAACAGGACCUCACCAAGCUUCUCCUGGAGGGCCAAGGGGAGGCAGGAGGGUCUUUAGGAACCCAGCCCCUCCUGCAACCAUCUCCUUAUGGGCAAUCGGGGAUCUCAAUGUCCCACCUGGACCUGAGGACCAACCCAAGUUGGUGAUCCCAGCUGGAGGAGCCCGGAGACAGAGCCUCUUCUGUCUCUAUGGACCCGCUCUGGACACCUGCUCAUGCAGGUGUCUCCAGUCUCCAGCUGUUCCUUGGUCAAGAGAAAAGAACUGGCUGGGAGAAUGUGGUGUAUGGAACCGCUGUGCUCUGUCCUUCCUGCCACAUCAGGGCCCCUUUUCCAGCACUGGGUGCGAAGGGAUGAGUGGGGUGUUCAGGCUCUGAUGUGAUACAGCCCCUAUACACCUGUAUCACAACACACACACACACACACACACACACACACACACACACACACACACCAGAACUGUGUUGAACCAGAGCCUGGGACUCAACAUGCAGAAACAUAUAGAUACUGUGCCAAAGAUAGAGGGCAUAGGCCUAGGGCAUUGAAGCUGCGUUCAGGUGACUCUGGGAGGGAGAAAAAGGGAAAAGUGGGUAUAUGGCUACUGGUAUGGAUUUUACCCAGAUUAAAAAAACCAAAACUUUUCUAAAUCUCCAAAUUCUUGCCAAAAAGAGGCUUUGUGACAUUUGAGACUGUGCAGUCUAAGAGCUAAGCUUGUGUGUAGCUGUGCCAAUGUUUGCCCGAGACAUGUUAACCUGUAGAAGUCACACACAUCACUGUAUGACCACACAGAACAUACAUCUUCUGCUUUUGCCCUGUGACCUUAACGUAUCUGAAAGGCUGAGUCAUUGGCUAAGACAGCAGCCCAGUCUCAUUUGGGGACUGUGACAUGCAUAAAGCUAUAGCCUGGGUAACUCCAUGCUCCCAGUGUUUCCUAGAGCCUGAGGGUUGGGAAGGGAUGCAGAACUCCCUGGGCGCUGGGGCUCCCAACUGCUGUCUUUUGUACUUUUCUGUCCACUGCUAGCACUGCUCCCCCCACUCUCACCCAGUCUUUUUUCCCCUCAUUGGGGGGAAGGGAAGGGGGCCAUGGAUCCUAAGCCAUAAAAUAAAUUUUAUUCCAAAAUAACAAAAUAAAUAAUCUACUGUACACAA